AUGCCCGAAUCUCAGCAGGAGAAGAUCCCUGUGUCUGCCGAUGACGUGACCGUCGCCACCAUCAAGCCACACAAAUCGCCAAGCAAGAAGAGCGACUAUCGGGUGCUCUGCUGCGGCAACUCAUGGCAGGAUCUGCUGAUUAUCCCUCUGUAUCUCAUCGGGGUCUACGCUCUUCUCGGCGCACUCUUUGCACUAUGCACGCGUUCGGUACUGCAGACUGACGACACCAACACGGCACUCUGGGUAUUCUUCGUCUUCUACGCGUUCUUCGUCUUCGUGCUGGCACUGGUGCUCGGAACGGUAGCGUACAACCGCAAGAUGCUCAAGGCUCACGAAGAGGACGACCCAGAAGAUCUAUAG